GUUGAUAACACAGUCCACAGCAGUGUGAUCAGAGGAACCAGCUACAACUCUAGCCACAUUUCCACCAGAGCUGCGAGGACCCUCCUCGCCACCGGCUUCAUGUUUGCUGACAUGGUGUCGCAGUUGACGUCUCUUCAGCAGGAGUUACUGAGCGCCUUGUUGGACUCGGGACUGACCAAGGAUGAGCUCGUGCAGGCGCUACACGAGCUAGAGCCGCGUCCAUCAGGCUUCGCGAUCAAAACCGAGAAACCCUUAUCCCCGGCCAGUGCGAACGGGGCCAGCGAUACGGAUUCCAAACCGGUCUACAUGACCCUGCAAGCCAGAGGGAGUAAAGCGUCCGGGGAUGAAGGCUCAGAGUCCGGGGAGGACUUCGACACACCGCCCAUCCUCAGAGAACUGCAGGCGCUGAACACCGAGGAGGCGAACGAGCAGCGCGCCAUCGUGGAGCGCAUGCUGGCUGAGGAUCCGUGGCGUUCAGCUCGCACUAUUAAAAGCUACAUGCAGCAGCACAACAUUCCUCAGCGUGAGGUGGUGGACGUGACAGGACUAAAUCAGUCUCACCUCUCGCAGCACCUGAACAAAGGAACACCCAUGAAAACGACUAAACGAGCCUCACUGUAUGCCUGGUACGUCCAGAAACAGCGAGAGAUAGACCGGCAAUUUGACCGUGUUCAGGGAUCCAGUGACUCAAGCAGUCAGGAUCAGGUCCUGUUUUUUUUCCCAGAAUUCCACCACAGUGGGCAGAACACCAGCUCUGCGUCUGGGACGGUCGCCGACGAAGGUGCGUCGUGCUCAAAAAGACUGAGGCGGAACCGCUUCAAAUGGGGCCCGGCGUCUCAGGAGAUCUUGUACAAGGCCUACGAUAGACAAAAGAACCCGAGUAAAGAGGAGAGAGAAGCGCUGGUGGAGGAAUGCAACAGGGCUGAGUGUGUACAGAGAGGUGUGUCCCCCUCUAAAGCUCACGGUCUCGGCUCCAACCUGGUCACAGAAGUCCGUGUCUAUAACUGGUUCGCUAACCGACGCAAAGAAGAGGCUUUUCGACAGAAGCUGGCUAUGGACACGUAUCCCGUUCACAGCUUGAACCCUUUACUGCCCCCGACACACAGUCAGCACCACCACAGCAGCCCAGAUACCAAAUUUAGAUACAGCCAUCAGGGAUCCAGUGAUGUCACUUCCUCAACGGGGAUCGUUCACCAUGGAAACAGCCAGUCCAUGUUACAGCAAGUGUCUCCGCCUGGCCUGGACCCCUGCCACAGCCUGUUGUCCCCUGAAGCCAAGAUGAUUUCAGCCUCAGGUGGAGUCCUGCCUCCUGUGAGCACUCUGACUAACAUCCACAGUUUGUCGCAUUCGUCUCAUCAUCACCAGCAGGCUCAGAGUCUCAUCAUGACCCUCGCUGCUCAGAGCCUGAGCGCUCCUCAAUCUCAGAACGUACCCAUCAUUAACAGCGUGUCUGGCCUGACAGCGUUGCAGCCCAUGCAGUUCUCACACAGCCCCAGCCUCACUCCAUUAACUACUGCACACUCCUCUCAGCAGGCCUACACACACAUGUACUCUUCCAAGCAGGAGCCUCCUCAGUACUCUCAUCCUCCUCGAUUCUCCUCCAUGGACACAAGUGCUCUCUCUCAUCUGGGUUCCAGCAAGCAGUGCCCUUUGCAGGCUUGGUGAGGUUCUACAGGAGGGAAAACUAGCUACUUCCUCGGCAGCUAAGCGACAAGAGUGCCUUAUCCCAACAGCCUUGAUGACUUCGAAAGCCAAAGAACCACUAAGAAGAGCUCUGUGACCACAAUAAACCACUAAAGAACACCGAAUCGUUGUUUCAAAUGACAUGAGAGUGAUGCCGGAUGUUUGGAGGACUGUCUCUGUGGCGUAAUAAACGCUGGUAACGAGCUCCCAACGCAGCAUCAAAGCAUUUCCUGUCCAUAAUGUGAACACCAGAAUGAGCAACCUCUGCACUGAUUCGUUGUCUGCUGAACUACUGAACGUAUACCUACACCUGGUUUCAACGGGUUUCCGGCAAAAUCCUUUCACUUAACCAAUGCUGCAUCAGUCACCUCAGUGUAAAUAGUGUAAAAUGUUCCAAUAAUUUCAGGUCGAAGGUGAAAUAUGGACUGAGAUGGAGCAUGAGCUCAUGCAGAAGAGAUUAAUAGCAGUAAGACUGUGUGGUAGUACAAAUUUAACACUGUCGAGACGAUGAGUUCUGUAUACUGAAAUUUUGUUUAUUUUAUUGCAGUGGAUCAGUUUAUUUUUCAGUCAGUCCUUUUGCAUAUAGUGAACAUCAGAAGGAAAAACAAAGUGACACUCAGGGAAUGAUUUUCUAUACGGUAUAUAUAUAAACACUAUAUGGAAUAAUGUUUCUGAAUCCCUGACCAUAAAUUGGUAUGUAUACCUUUUUGAACAUCCCAUUCCACAUUUAGUAAACCUUUACUCUUCUUCCACUCUUCUGGGAAAACUUCCACUCUUCUGGGAAGAUGCUUGUGGAGAUCAGCAUUCACAUUCACCCCAAAGGUCUCCAGUGGGGCUGAGGUCAGAGUUCUAUAGCAUGAGAUCUUCCACUCCCCACCAUGUACACCAUACGGUAAAGAUGGUGGCUCAGCGGUUAAGGAAUUAGACUCUGAAUCUGAAGGUCACAAGUUCAUAUUCCAGUACCACCAAGCUGCCACUGCUGGAACCUUUAACAAGGUCCUUAUCCCUCAAGUUGGUGUAAAGGUAAUAUGUAAAUACUGGCUUUGCGCACAGGGGCAUUGCUGGAAGAGGUUUGGGUCUCCUAGUACAACUAAAGGGAAAAUUUGAUGCUCCAAAGACAGUUUGCUAACAGUUUGGGGGAGAAGAACAUAUGGCUGGAAAAUUUAGUUGUCCCAAUACUUUUUUUUCCCAUAUAGAAUGUAUAUAUGUACAUUACCCAUCCUACUGGAGUGAUUCGAUUUCCCAGGAUUUCCAGCCUGGGGCCAUUUGUGAGAAAGUGUGAAGUGUAGGGAGGGAUGUUUGUUUUAGAUUCACCCCAUUAAUUCUAUUUCCCGCGACUCUGACCCGGCUCUCUGCUCAACCGGUGUGAAAAAUCACUUGAGCGGUCACUCCAAGGAAAUGAGCAAAUUAAGUCAUUAUACUUUUUUUCUCUCUUUUGACCUUUCCAGACUGUGAUUAAAAUAAUAAGGUAACCUGGAAAAAACCAUCCACUGCAGGUAUAAAAGGAUAUGGACUGAAUAUGAUGACUUUGAUCAUUUUUUAUAGAAAAUGACACAUUUUAGUGUUUUAUUUUCACUGAAACAAUUGUAGUAUGUUCAUUAGACACAAGGACAAGCGAAUGAUGUGUGUAAUAUAAAAGCUUUAAUAAGAUUAUUUUUUUUCUUUUUACAAAUG